UUAGGGUUUUCUGCCUUCAGGGGGUUGUAAACUUGUCAACGCCAGCUAUUAUUUCUGAGGGCUUACGGCAGCAAGGGUUGUUUACUAAACAGUUGGAGGAUAAUUUAAGGUGUCUUCACCCACCAGAGAUUAUGUCUGUUUAUCCGCCUUGGGUUAUGCGUGCAAUUUUGCAUGAUGGAGUAAUCUUGGUUGAUGGAUCUUGGAACAACCAUACUUAUAGGUCAGGAAUGGGAUGGUGUCCGGAGAUUGGGGGAUCAGGGCCUCAUGGUUUUUUUUGGGAGGAGCUUACUAUGGCUUGGCACUUUUAGCGCUACACGUGGAGAUGAAUGCCUGUCUUGAAGGGCUUCGAUGGGCUACCAACAGGUGUUUACAAAACGGCUAUUUCACCAAAUGCCACUGACAAAUUACGAAAUUCAUCAAAUGCCAUCGAACUUUUCAGAAUUCACCAAAUGCCAUUGACAACUAGUAUAUUAACACAACGUGCCAUUAAUGAUGCCAGGACGUUAGUUGGCCGUUAUUGCGAAAAUACUAUUUUACCCUUUCUUUGUGUUUAAUGCCGCCAUUAAGAAGUUGACUGUCUGACUUCUCUUUUUUCAAUUAUUCAAUUGUUGUUGGACCUUGUUCUUCCAUAACUUCUCCCCUGUUCUUCGAAAGUUCACCAAAACUGAAACCUUGAAAUCUCUGGCAACGAAGAAGCAAAGUUGGAGCAUUGAACGACGGAACUCUGCAACAAGUUCGAACCUUUUGGUGUUCUUCAUUCUGGGCGAACCCAGAAGUGCGAGGAAGUAGUGCCAGAACUUGAAGGAAGUUUGAAGUGCAAAAUUCAGUUUGAGGGGUUGGAGAUAGCACGCAAGGAUGAGUUCAGUGUGGCUUGAUGUUCAUUACAAAGACCAGGGGUUUGAUGUGAGGAUUGAGGAUACUGACAGAACAAGUCUAAUGGACUUGUUUGAGUACAUGUUUGAGGAUUCAGAAAGGCAAAAUGUGAUCCUUCCCAAAUACUUUAGUUUGUAUGUAAUGCCUCCCAUGACUAAUAGGAAGUUAGAGUUAACUGGGGAUACUCAAAUGCUGCAAAUGUGGGAUUGGUAUGAAGGUAGGGAAACAAUACAAGUGUUCUUAGAGGAGAAGAGUGGACCUAGUGUGGUGUUUAAGGAUGUUGUAGCUAGUUGGGAAAAAAGGCUUAAGGCAAAGGCUGAGAAGGAAAGAAUAGAACUGGAAAAGGCCAAGAGGGUGGUUGAAGAGCAGGAAGCUGAGAGGGAGCUUAUGGAACAUCAACAGUAUCAAGUUGCAGUUGAGGUUCCUGUUGUAAAUGCAGAGGAGAUAAAUGAUGUUGAAUAUGUUAGAGUUUUUGCCACCCCAGAAGCUGAUGUGGUAUUUCCUGGGGCAUCACAGCCUCAACCUGAACAAAGUACACAACCACCAACUCCAACAAAAAACUCUCAACCAGCCUCUCCUUUUAACCAGCCCAAGAAGCCAUCAGCUAGGAAAAAAAGCACUCCUAGGAAAAAGAAAACCACUCCCAAAAAAAGAUCCCAACCCCCUCCUCAACCACAACCCUCCACACCAGUCCCUGAACCACAACCCUCCCCACCUGUCCCUGAACCACAACCCUCCCCACCAGUCCCUGAAUCACAACCCUCCCCACCAGUCCCUGAAUCACAACCCUCCCCACCAGUCCCUGGACCACAACCCUCCCCUGAUCCUUCCCAUGUACCUGUCAGUGAAGAAACAGAAGUCCCACCUCCACCUCCACCAUCUGCUCCAGCAAAAAAGGGGAGAUCAAGACCUGAGGGAUUUAGGUCAAAAAAGACUGCUUCUAGCAAAGGUAAGGGGGUUGGUGUCAGUCUGAGGAGAUCAGCAAGGAACAUGGCUACAAAUGUUCCUGUCAGUGAAGAAAACUCUGAUGAGUUUGGAAGUGACAAUGAGGAUGAUGAUUAUAUACUUUCUAGCAGUGAGGAAGAUGAUGAUGAGGCAGAUCUCUGUGAUUUCAUAGAGGAUGAAAGAGACACAGAUGACCUUCAUGAUGAUGUUCCAGAGAAGCAGUUUCAGGAUUUUUUGGAUGGCAGUUCAGCAAUGGAUAAAACAUAUAAAAAUGGCAAAAUUUGGACCAAUCAGGAGUUUGGAUCCAUCACUUUAGAGCCAUGGCUCAUAUUUGCAGACAGGCAGUCAUUUCUAGAUGUGUUUAAGGACUACUGUGUCCAAGAAGGGUUUGGGGUUUAUGUAGAAAAGAGUGACCCAACAAGAUUGAUAGCAAGGUGUGCUAUUGACACAUGCAACUGGAGGAUUCAUGCCUCCACUAUGAAAGACAAGAUCAGCUGGGCAAUCAAGUCUCUAACAGGAGAGCAUAGUAGUUGUGGGAGAUUGGAAAUAAAUCCAAUUGUGAGUUCUCAGUGGCUGUGUAGGCAUCUUCAGUCAGACAUUCAUGCCAAUCCUGACAUACCAGUUGAUGCAUUACAGAAACUUUGUAUGGAAAGGUUUAGGCUACAAGUGAAGAAAAGGCUGUUGUACAAGGUGAGGGCAAUGUCCAAGGAGAUUAUCCAUGGUGGUUAUGGGGAGGCCUACUCAGUGUUGCCUAGGUAUGCUGAAAUGGUGAAGGAGACCAACCCAGGUAGUUAUGCCCUGGUCACAUGGGGUGAGGCCACUGCAACUGAGCCCCCAAGGUUCAAGGGUUGUUUCUUUUCUUUUGCUUCCCAACUAAGGGGAUUCUUGAGAGGAUGCAGGCCAUUCAUUGGCAUUGAUGGAGCCCACCUGAGUGGACAUUUCAAGGGCAUUCUGCUAACUGCUGUUGGGAUUGAUGGGAAUAAUGAGAUUUUUCUCAUUGCAUAUGGAGUGGUGGGUUCUGAGAGUAUUGACAGUUGGGGCUAUUUUCUUAGGAAUUUGAGGUGCUUGUUUGAGAAAGAAGGUUGUAGGAGAGAUGAUUGGACCUUCAUCUCUGACAGAAUGAAGGGGGUUGACACAGCAAUUAAUGAGACAUUCCCUAGAGCAACAAGAAGAGUGUGUUGCCAGCACCUAUACAUGAACUGCAAGGCUAAAGGAUUUAGUGGUUCAACAUUUCACAAGCUGUUCUGGAUAGCAGCUGAUGCAUACAACGAGUAUGUGUUCAACAAGGCAAUGCAAAAGAUAAAAGAAUACAACCCUAAGGCUGUUGAGUACUUAGAGAGUUGCACUGAGGUCUGGUCAAGGCAUAAGUUUGAUCCUGCCCUCUGUUGUGACCAUAACACAACAAAUUUUGUGGAGUCUUUCAACUCAUGCACCAAGCCAUACAGAGAUUUACCAGUUCUGAAAAUACUUGAAGCUAUAAGGCAAUGGGUGAUGAAGAGGAUUGGCUCAAGGUUUGACAAAUCACUAACCAUGGGGGAUAUGGACCUGACUGAGUAUGCAGACAAGAUUCUACAAACAAGAUCAGAUGAGUCAAGGUUAUGCUAUGCUAUUCCCUGCGGUAGGGAUGAAUUUGAGGUCAGAGACCAACAUGUCCAUUUUCCCAUCAAGCUGAGCACUGGCAUAUGUGGUUGUGGGAAAUGGCAGCAUUCUGGACUUCCAUGCAAACAUGUGCUGAGGGUCAUAUACCACCAGAGGCUGCAACCAGCAGACUUUGUAGCCCCCUGUUUCAAAGGGAAGGCAUACAAGCUCACUUAUGCAGAGCAUUUGCACCCUAUGCCUGACCCAUCACAAUGGCCAUCAGGGAACCUACCUGACAUAUUGCCCCCUUUGGUGAAAAGAGCUGCAGGGAGACCAAAGAAGCAAAGACAAAGAGGGCCAAAUGAAUCUAGGAGAGGGAAGAGGCAUGCAACAGUAAAGUGCAGCUUAUGCAGUGAGUUGGGACACAACAAGGUCACUUGUUCAUCAAGGAAGAAAAGGGCUGCAACUGAAGCAAGCACAUCAGCCACCACCUCUCAAGCCAACAACAGAAAAAAGAAAGCAGCAUGGAUGCAAAGUUUCUCCUGUUUUUAGUGCACACCCAGUUUCUCCAUGUAAUUUUUGAAGAUUGACAGUGUUGUGUGUGCUAUUUUGUGUAGUAUCUUUUGACUAUAAACUUGUAAUUAAACAGGAAGCAUCUUUUGGGUACAUGAUUUGAACAGGAACCAAUUUUUUGGGCACAAAA